UGCCCAACUCCUCUUCCGACACGACACAGGGAGUAGCUCGCGCUCCGACCAGCCGGCGGCCAUGGCGAUGAGUGACACCGGCUCGAGCUUCGCGCAAUGGGCCGAGCUCUACCACCACGACCCCAGUCUGCCCACCGCCGACGACACCGUCGCGGCGGGCUCGCCCGGCGACAUGUUCGCGGCCGCCACCGCGGCGGCGAGCCCGCCGACGUCGGGCGGGUCCGGCGGGAGCCCGACCAAGGCUGCGGCUGCGGCCCACCACCAGCAGCUGGGGAUCGACGGGCCCCGCGUCGGGAAGCCUGCGCGGCGGCGGUCUCGCGCGUCGCGGCGCGCGCCGGUGACGCUGCUGAACACGGACACGGCCAACUUCCGCGCCAUGGUGCAGCAGUUCACGGGCAUCCCGGCGCCCCCCGCCGGCGCGUUCGGUGGCCCCGUCAUCAACUUCGCCGGCGACUACGGCUUCCCGCCGUCCUCCGGCGUCAUGUCCUUCGACCACCACCACCACAACCUCCACCGGAGCCACGGCGCUCCUCCCCCGGCGGUGCCGCUCCAGGACCAGCUGCUCCGCAGGCAGCAGCAGUACACCGGCGGGGCGUUCGGCGGCUACAACAGCAGCCUGCUGCACGGCGGCGGCGGCGACCUGUUCGCCUCCCACGGGCUCGCGUCGGCGGAGGACCGGAUGCUCCUGCAGAGCAUCCAGCAGGCGGCCGCCGCCCACCACCACCACAUGCCGCCGGCGUCCGCCGCUAACGCCGCCGGCGCUACUGGCUUCUUCGCCUGAAUAAUAAGUAUCUGAUCAAGGUACGUGCCUCCAUGCGACCUGCAUGGAAUAUUGGAAUGGAAGGAGGAGAGAUCAGAUCAUGGCCGGAAAGCUGAAGCUGAAGGAUUAACAACAACAAAGGAAAAAGUUCAGUCAGAGUCGAUUAAGUUUGUCGUGGCAUGUGUCAGAUCAUGCUUGUUUAAUUAGUUCAUGCAGCUCCGUUUACCGGCUGCAGAGGAUGUAAAUAUCUUCUGUUAAUUUUGAUGAUGAUGUGUGAAGUAGCCGUCUGUACCCUGGUCACUCUCCUGGAGAGAUUUAAUCACUUCUCAUCCGAGAUUACCCUUC